GAUCCAAACGUGUGUAAAUUUGAUUCCCUAACGAUUAUUGAUGGCCCAAGGUCGUUGAAAUACUGCGGGAGGGUACCUCCUCCUGAAUAUACAUCAUCAGGAAACAAGAUUUCCAUACGAUUUUUAUCGGACGCUUCUUUUCAUAUGAGUGGAUUCAAAAUUUCCUUCAGUACCAUCAGAGUGGAGAUCCCAGAUCGUGAGUAAAACAUAGAUUUAUCGUGUAAAUAUUCCGUUAAGUUAUUUAAGCCUCAUUUAAAAGGUAAAAAGGCUUAAAGCAAAAGUUACUAAGCGAAAUUGAAGUAUGUUUUUUAUUUAGUGCUAUAUGUGGAUGUCCACACUACUUUAGCCUACGCAGCAAGAGUUUCAGCGCGAGUUCGUCGAGAAAGUUGGGACGAGAGCAAAAAAAAAAAAGGCGCUGUAACUCAACUGGAGACGCUUGCUACGCAGAGUAACACUACUUAGUCUCAGCCACCACUGGUAUCAGUGUUCAAAACCUCAUAAAUAAAAAUUAAGCUUACUGCCCAAUUGAAUGCAUUGAUUUAAUCACAUGAAAUGAUAUUUAAACCUGCUAAAUAAAAACAAAUCUAACUACAAAUGUCAGAGGAGGCAUUUCAACCCAGCCUCUCAAAAUGACGUCUGAGGCACGACUGCAGAUAUUCCAUACUUAUGGCGAUAUCUUGGAAGUACUUCUGAUUGGUUGAGGCAAAUUUAUUCCCUCGCAGCACGACAAGUCCGAAGCACUACCCUGAUUGAUCUGGGCGAUGACAAGUUAUCAGUAUGAAAUGUCUUGCGCUCGUUCCUCAGAAGGUGUUAAUAAUCGCAUCUUCUCUUCCAUAUCUUAGCACCGCCUGGUUCCAGCAUAUGCCCCACGAGAAACCUUGAGGUUAAACAGGGAUCUUCGGUAAACGUGACAGGGGCUUUACACUCG